AUGACAAGUGACGAGCCACUCACUGGUCGCCUUUACCAUGAUGUCGCGUUCCUCCCAGUAGCCAGAUUGCGAGUGAUCGAGAAGGUGCUGCUUGCUCAUCGUCUUCAUUGCAUAGACUCGACGAGUGGCCUUGUGUCGAACGAGCUGAACACGACCAAAGCCCCCUUGACCGAUGACUUUGACCAGUUCGAAGAUCCGCCACAAAAGAAGGUGAUUUAUAUUAACGAGAGAGAACUUGCCAAUCUUCCAGACGGCGCUUCUGUGUAUGUGCUCUCUUCGUCAAAUGACUCAGCAAAGACUCAGGAACCUUUGCUACCAACACCUCCCAGCACCUCACUUCCAACGUGGGCUCUGCCUUCUCCCCUUCCUCCAGGAUUCCAAUUCCAGUCCUUAAUCCCUCUUAUUCCUCUAUCUCCUUUGUCUUUCUCGACAUCCUCUUCAUUUUUGCUUGAUUUCUGCCCUCCGCCUCUGUGCUUUCAAUACCCACCACCGCCACCGAAUGUCCCACUUUUUGCGCCUCCUCCGCCGCCUCCAUCAGCACCUCCGAAUCAGCUAGCUUUGAAUCCCACGGCUCUCACUCCUUCCAGACAAACGAAGCCUUCUUGUUCUCGCGACGUUGACAAUUCCUGGCGUGGAGGAGUUGUUUUUCCGAAUGUUUGGUGUACGCCUGCCACUGAAUUUUUCGAGACAAUAGGAGUCUGUAAAUUUGCUACGCAGCGUAUGAUUGAAUUAGAAAAUGACUUCGAAAAUUACGUAUUAAAACGACGGGAGAAAGCACUGGCCGGAUUCCCACCUGUGAAUACGGUGCGUCCACCUUUGAAAAGGUUGGGAAGUGUUGAUAUCGACCAUGGCAAUCAUUUUCCCGUGUUGUCGAAGAAUGGGCGUAAGCGCCCGAAUACUAAAAAGUCUGGCAUCUCUUCAGAACCUUCCAUAGAGCUUGGUAGUGUAACACCAGACCACCUGCUAAAUGUGAUAUCGGGCAAUAUGAGCUCAGCUCAUCAAUCAGAGGUUCUCCAGCCCCAUUCUCUUGAUGACAAAUUAGGGCAACAAAGGGUCGAGAUUUCACAUAAACUUGCCCAUCCGCAUCGCCUGCAUCCUAGCAUUUGGCAUAAUGAACCCGGCGAGCAUAACAGUGGGCCAGCAUGUUCGUGCAAAUCCAAGUACCGGAUCGGACCUCUGCAUAAUCAGUUUGAAGGUGAAACGGAAGUACCAAGAUGUCAAUUGGAGUCAAACAACCGGGAUCGCUUAUACCACUAUCGUGUAAUGGUCACCCCGACUACUAACUUUUUCGAUAAUAAACCCUCAGUCAUUCCUUUCAACGGCAACGACUACCUCUUUGACGGCUACUCCAUUUUUCUUCACUCCCCCAUUGAUAAUCUUCUGCGUUUCAACUUGCUCUACGAGUUCGUUCAUUUUAAUGAAGAAUUUCCUGAGAAUUUCACCGUGCGUGCGUUGGAUAUGCUUACAGAGUACGUAUUUAAGGAGUUGCUGGAGUUAUUGGACCUCAACUGGCGACCCCAUGGUGUUGACACAGGAUGUCCAGUGGUGCAUCUUCUGCCACGAUUCGUACGGCGAUUGGAGAACUCGGGAGAGUUACUCUCCGCUGAUGCCAUUCUCGAUUACUGGAUGCGUCAGACCCAACUACCCCUCAUACCAGCCAGCGACUUACCGACAAUCAGACGUAUGCCGAAUUCCGAAUGGUCUGCACACAUUGAUGACCUCAGGGGCACACUCGCAUGGAAGCCCGGAGCUAAACCUCCUGCAGUUCGAAUCGAUCAACUUGACCGCCUAUCGUCAUAUUCUUCGACCUCUUCGUCCUCGAUGUCGUCUUCUUGUGCAGCCCGACUGCCUACUUUUCCUAUGCUUGUACAUAUGACGUUUACCCCGAUGAAACUAAGCCUUUCCCGUGACCCACAGUACAAAUCGGUGCUUAAAAACUACCUUAAAUUACUAUACCUCAUAGUCAAUAAACCUCGUAUAUCGGCUGAAGAUCGGAAUCAACUUGCGGAAUUGACUAAUAAGCUCGAUUCUAUGGACCAUUCUGGAGUACAUCGCCGUGAGAUAACCGUAGAACUAAGCAGCGAGGGCUUCUACAGAACAGGAAUUCGUCCCGAUGUGGCCCAAUUUGCCCUCAACAUGGCCUCCUUUGUAACUCACGUUCGAUGCAUCAUGUCACUCAAGUCGUUGGAGGCGCGCCUGAAUUAUCAAUUCAAGGACAAGUCUAUCCUUCAUCAAGCCCUAACCCACCCGUCCUACCGCAGAACCGAUUUUGGCACCAACCAGGAUCAUUUCCAGAACACUUUAACUAGCUGUGGUCUUCGCACUAUUAAGUAUGGAGACAAAUUGCAGUUAUAUAAGAAAUGGCGCAAGAAGGGUCUCUCCAAAAUGAUCCAGGUGAUGUCUUUCAUGCCAAAGCAACACGAAGAGCGAUCAAAAAUUUAUGGAAACGAGCGUUUAGAGUUUUUAGGUGACGCUGCUAUCGAAAUCAUCGCUAGUAUCCACCUUUUUUUCAUGUUUCCUGAUCUGCCUGAAGGCAACCUGGAUGCAUAUCGUCAGGCCUUGCGUCUUGGACUGCACAAGCACCUCUUAUACACUCAUAGUGUCGAUUUCUGUCACGAUUCGACCUACGUUUACGCCCGUUCUGACGCUUUUGAGGCCGUAAUGGCGGCUCUCGCUCUCGAUGGCGGUCUAGAGGCUGUAGAUCGUAUAUUCGGUGCUGUUCUCUUUGGCGAUUGUGAACGCAUCCAUCGGGUCUGGGUUCAGAUUCCGCCACAUCCUCUGCAAGCGGAAUAUCCUGAUGGUGACAGAGAGUGGGUUCUCAAGGUGCCUAUGUUCAAAAAAUUAGUUGAUCUGGAAGAACGUUUGGGCAUCCAUUUUAAGCAUUUACGCGUCCUCGCCCGUGCUCUGACUGUACGUAAAACCGGAUAUAAUAUAUACACUCUAGGUGAUAACCAGCGUCUUGAAUUCCUCGGAGAUUCCCUACUGAAGUACGUCACCACCGAUUACCUCUAUCGGCAUUUUCCGCGACACCAUGAGGGUCACCUGUCGUUGCUGAAGAACUCAUUGGUGAACAAGUACACUCAGGCAACGGUUUGCAGUGAACUCGGUCUAGACCAGUUCAUUAUUCGCAGAGAGGAGAAUUCUCUCACUAUUUCGAGCAUCCCGGAGGAAGCGACAGCUUCUGCUACUCGCAGACAGCAGAAUGUGAAGAAUAAGGCUGACCUACUGGAGGCUUUUAUUGGUGCUUUGUACGUGGAUAAGGAUAUAACCUGGGUCGAGCGCUUCUGUCAAGUCUGUUUUUGGCCCCGGCUUGUGGAGUUCAUUCUCAAGCAGGAGUGGAAUGAUCCGAAAUCAAAAUUGCAGCAGUGCUGCCUUACCUUCCGCUCGCUUAAUGAGGAUCCUGAAUUGGCCCACUACAAGGUUUUGGAGUACGCAGGACCAUCAAAUGAUCGUGAACACAAGGUGGGUGUUUACUUCAGGAACGUUCUCCUCGCUGUGGGCAUUGGACGGUCGGUACAGAGUGCAGAGAUGGAUGCCGCCAAAAACGCAUUGGAAGCUCAUCAGGAAGCCUUCAAACAGCUGAACUUUCAACGCGCUGUCAUACACAAGCGAUACCGACAACCGUACAUUGCCAAGAUGUUAAAUAAGCUUGAAAGUUGGGACGAGUCUUUGGUGGAUAAAUUUGUCGGUGAUGUACCCGAAGAUGGUCGAGAAGGUACGGCCACAUCGGAGUUGGUGCCGAAGCGCAAACGGUGUGAAAGUUCUAAAGAAGGUGAUGAAGAUAUCAAUGUACGAGGAAUCACGGAUUCUGAUAUGGAGUUGGAGGAUGGAUCUCCAUGA